AUGUCCUGCUCGGGUUUCUCCGCUUCAUGCGACUGUGAGAGCAGAUGGAUAAUAUUGCCGCACACUCGGAGAGACCUUUCAGAAAAUAGGUUUGGCUUCAACCCCGUGGUCAUGAUUAUGGAAAGUGGACGACAGCUACAAGCUGGAGCAUUUAUUCUAGGUGUGCUAGCUCACAGCCUCUACUUUCGCUCUGGCGAACACCAUCUCUAUCCCAUUCGGUAUCUAUACACGUAUGGUGGCUUGUCGAUACUAAUUGCUGCAACAAUUCAUUAUGCACAAAAAAUUUCAUUUACACGAGCAAGCACCGCAUCUCUGAGCCUAAUGGCUACACAUCUGCUGGGCCUAUACUGCAGCCUCAUCAUUUACAGGGUGUUUCUUCAUCCGCUCGGACGGUUGCCCGGCCCCCUAGGUGCACGUCUAUCUGGGUUCUGGCUACCAGCAAAGCUUCUUCACCAACCCCUCUACCAGGUCCUCGAAGAGCUGCAUAAGGAGUACGGACAAUUUGUGCGCAUAGGCCCAUCUGAUCUCUCCAUAAUCCACCCCGAUGCCGUAAAUAUCAUCUAUGGAUUCAAGUCCGCCUGCACUAAAGCGCCCUUCUAUGAUCUCGGUGCACCAGUGCAAUCGCUACAUGCAUAUCGAGAUAAGAAAGCUCAUGAUCAACGACGGAGAGUAUGGAGUCUAGGUUUCAGCGAUAAAUCACUUCGAGCAUACGAAAAACGCAUUCAAGUCUAUCGACAAAAGCUCAUCGAUCUUUUAAACUCGGCCGCUGGUGAUCAAGCCAUUAACAUCAGCAAUUAUCUCACAUGGUACAGCUACGAUGUGAUGGGCGACUUAGCUUUCGGUAGAACUUUCGGCAUGUUAGAUGCUAGUGCCAACCACUGGGCAAUACAGAUAUUGAAUGAUUUGCUCAAACCGUUAGAAUACUCCGUGCCUAUUUGGGCCCUUCGGCUGCUGGGCUCGACACCGGGGAUGAACAAGGAUGCUUUGAGAUAUGAGGAGUUUAGCCAUCAGCGCUUGAAGACGAGAAUGAGGGAAACGCCCGAAAUACCCGAUAUCAGCUCGUCGCUGCUCGUGGAGUUGCAAGGACGAGCACCUACAACUGAAGAAUUCCAUCAGUUACUUGGGGAUGUUGAAUUGAUAAUUGCAGCAGGGAGUGACACUACCGCAGCAGCUCUAAUCACCGUUAUCUACGAGCUGGCUAAACACCCAGUACACGUAAAGAUGAUCCGCGAGGAGCUAAGCCUAUGUGCUGUUGAGCCUAGCGGGGAGUAUAUGCACGAGAAAAUAGCAGGCUUAAGACAUCUCAAUGGGUUUAUCAACGAGGUGCUCCGUCUACAUCCUCCAAUUGGAAGCAUUAUUCCUAGAAAGACACCACCGGAGGGCAUCAUGAUCGGUGACACCUACAUACCAGGAAACAUGACAGUCUCUUGCCCGCAAUGGGUUAUUGGAAGAUCCGAUGUCUUCUACGAGAAUGCAAAUCGGCUCCUCCCUGAGAGGUGGUACAAAUACCCUGAGGCGAUGAAGUAUAAAUCUGCCUAUGCUCCUUUCUUACUCGGUGGGGAGGAGGCGCUACCGCCACACCAGUUAGGCUUCCUCCACACCAGCCUUCGCUCAUGCUACACCCUCCGCCUAUCUUAUAAGCCGCUAGCGCUCAUGAACAUGAGGACAACUGUUGCCCGUAUAACAAUGACAUUUGAUUUGCAAUUGCCAUCGAACGAUGACGGCACAUUGCUCGAUAAGCAUAUGAAGGAACAUUUCUCUAGCUACGUCGAAGGCGUCUACAUCUUCUUUAAGAACUUGUAG